UUCAGCCAGGAGCAGCUGCAGGCCGGGGAGGUGCCCAUGCACUACGUGAGCCGCGCCGUGCACUGGGACCGCUAUGCCCCCGUGCAGAUGGUGCCCUACCUGGAGCAGGCGCAGCGGGACCGGAGCCACCGCCGCCGCCGGCACCCCGAGCCCGGCUGCCCCGCGCUGCAGCUCGCAGCGGGUGCUCACAGUGAAGCCAACGAGCGCUCCAUCUCGCCCUGGCGAUACCGCAUCGACGAGGACGAGAACCGGUACCCGCCCAAGCUGGCCUUCGCCGAGUGCCUGUGCAACGGCUGCAUCGACACCAAGACUGGGCGGGAGACGACGGCACUCAACUCGGUGCUCAUCCACCAGACCAUGAUGGUGCUGCGCCGCAAGCCCUGCCCACGCGACGCCCCCGCCACCUUCGCCUUUGACGUGGACUACAUCCGCGUGCCCGUCGGCUGCACCUGCGUCCUGCCCCGCAGCGCUCCCUGAGCUGCCCGCGGGGCGGGAGGGCCGCCGCGCUCCCAUGGAGUCG